AUGCUUACCUCGGUUGCACGGACAACUAAUACGAAGCUCGCCAGUUUCACCUGGAUACCCGCUCGCCAAUCCACGUACAAUGGCUUACAGCGGCGAAGUUACGCCAAAGCGGCAGAUUCAGAUUCAGGAUCGAACGGCAAACCUGGUCAGUAUCAAAGACAGCGCAAGCAGCCUCUCGCGACGGCGCAGACUUUGACCUUGUUUUCCGAGACACCCCAAGGGUUACUGAUCGCCUUGCGGUCUACAUUGCAAAGCAUGACAUCGCUCACGUCGAGGCUCGGUCCAGCGCCCUGCGCAAACGCGCCGUCAAAGAAGGGUCAGCAUGACCAUGUUCUGAUAUACGCUUUGAGUAAGGAUCUGCCGCCCGAGUAUCUCAGCGAGGCUGUGUCGAUUUUGCGGGGUCCAGAUCCGGCAGGUAGCAUCACACCACAGAACAAGGAGAGACAAAAAGACAUGACGGCCGCGCAGAUCGCCGCGGCUGAAGCAGAGGAGAUCAAAGCAGACAACUCGACCGGCGAUGCAGCCUCAAGGAUCGCCAGGGUAGGAAUUCUGUCCUCAUCGCUUCCGGCGUCGUUGAUCCCAGACAAUGCUAUCGAGCCUGGCUCGCCGCGCAUCGCUACACCUAGGUUGUAUUCUGUCGCAUUGUCCUUACUUCCAGGCGUCAACGCUGUUCCUUUUAGGUCGACGAUCCCGGGGCGAGCAGAGGUGGCUGUGGGUCGAUGGAUGGACCGCAAGCCUUCAUGGCAGCAAGGUGCUGAACGCAGAGCCGACCUGUUGGACGACGGAAAUGGUGCUCUGCCCGGAGGAAGCCGCGAUUGGCGUGACAUCUGGGGUCGCGAGAAUCUCGAGGGUAAAGUACCCGAAGGUCUAGAGCAGCUCAGCCCUGCAGCAGCCGUGUCUUUCAUCUUUUUCACUGAUACCUCACCACACGGACUAAUGGAGGGUCUUGCAACCCAGUUCCCUGCCAGCUCAGUUCUUGGUCUCACUGCUCCACCGACACCAUUCGAGACUGGGCGUGAUCAGACACUUCUCAUUUCGCUUCCACAAGGUGGCCCAGCCGGCGUACAGCCCUACAGCAGUAUCCAUACCAACGGUGCUGUAGGCGUAGCGCUUGUAGCGAGCAACGACGCGGCUGAAGCGGACCGCCUUCCGAUCCCCAGUGUUAGGACCGACUUCCAAGGUCUACAGCCUUUCGGACCGCGGCGCGAGAUCACAGCGGCGCAGGGCAACAUCGUCUCGAGCCUGGACGGCGCCAAUGCGGCGCAGCAGUUUUUGAGAGACAUUCAAACGCGAGAGCAUCCGCUGGAUCUUGGUACGGGCAAGCUCAAGAGCAUAGAUGCGCAAAAGGGUGCGGAUAAGAUGUCUCAACAGCAAGCCAGGCAGAUCGCGUCCAAGGUCAAGAAAGAGGAGGACUUUUUCAUCGCCAUCUACUCUGAGCCAGGCUCAAAUGACGGAUCUGCUCAGCCUGAGCCACUUCUGCUUGCACAGAUCCUUUCAGGACAUCCGUCACGUGGUACGCUUUCCAUCGACACGCAAAUCGAACUCGGUCCAGGACCAGGCCAGCCCCAAGGUACCAUGAAGACAUAUGCUCAAUUCUACCAAGUUGAUCCGGCGUUCGUCUUGCGUUCAAACAAACACGCCGAGCAGGUCAAAGCCGAAGUCAAGCUGCUCAACCCGACUUCGAUCGAGAUUCCUGGUCCGGAUCCAAGCGUGUGGCUCACACCGCGAUUCCUGUUCCUCUCUCUGCCAGCGUGGAACGAAGAUCUGCGCAAGGCGCGUGAAGUCAAGCAGGGUGGUAAGCACCAGGUCAUGGCUCUUCCGAACUUGUUCAUCGCGGCUUCCGAACGCGGUUGGAUUGCAGGCAAGGGUCAAAAGUCGUCUCUGAUGCAAGCGCACAUCUCGCAUCAAAAGCGCCAAGCCGAUACGGUGAGCCCUGUUCUGGGCCUGCAGAAAGAUGGAUCCUCCAUCACAACGUGCACUGUUCCACUCGCCAAGGCGACCAUGUCGCUGCGCGCAGGUGCGUCCGCAGAGCCCAAAUAG